AUGAUUGCUCCCUGCCCCCAAGAUGUGGACGAGUGUGCAGAGAAGCCCUUUAUUUGCUCUGGACGUGGCAUCUGUGAGAACACGCUGGGAAGUUACCUCUGUGGCUGUCAGCUUGGAUUUCGUGGCAAUGGAACAUACUGUGAAGGUAAGUGCAUGUGGGUGCAGUGUCACCUCCCCUCAUCUUAGCUUACAAUGUGGGUGCAGCAUGAGAUGGGGUGUCACCUCCCCUCAGAUUAUCUUAGAAGGUGGGUGCGUGUGAGAUGGAGUGUCACCUCCCCUCAUCUUAGCCUAGAAUGUGGAUGCAGUGUGAGAUGGGGUGUCACCUCCCCUCAUCUUAGCCUAGAAUGUGGGUGCAGUGUGAGAUGGGGUGUCACCUCCCCUCAGAUUAUUUUAGAAGGUGGGUGCAGUGGGAGAUGGCGUAUCACCUCCCCUCAGAUUAUCUUAGAAUAUGGAUACAGUGUAAAAUGGGGUAUCACCUCCCCUCAGAUUAUCUUAGAAUGUUGGUGCAGUGUGAGAUUGGGUGUCACCUCCCCUUGAUUUAGCUUAGAAUGUGGGUGCAGUGUGAGAUGGGGUGUCACCCGUUUUCAGUUUGUAGAUCCUGGGAUUCUCCCGUGUUGAUACAGAAGGCAUUCCUCAUUAGGGAUAACAUCUGAGCAGUGUAAAAACGGAGACCUGGGUUAACUCCCCAACAUUCUCAAAAUGGAUAUUGUAUGGACGCCCAUUGGGUCAACCUGAGAUUACGCUUUUACUCACACAGAUGAGAAUGAGUGCUCCUCAGGAAAGCAUGGCUGUGACUCGAACGCUCACUGUGGGAAUGUCAUCGGCUCCUACUUCUGCCAGUGCUACCAGGGCUUCAAUGGUGAUGGACACAGCUGCUAUGGUAAGAAUGGAGGACGUAGACCAUUAAACCUGCCAUAUGGUCGAAAUCCAUAUAUGUUUACCAAAACCAAUUAAACAUACAAAAACGCUUAUAUUGAUACAUAUUGACGAAAAUAUCAUAUUUCAGACUUCAUGCUAGAUGUCGCCCCAUUACAUGUAUAGAUUGAAUGGUCUGUUAGUUGUUCUUUAAACUGAAUGCUCCUGUGAUGCUCCUGGCCCACUACAGCCACAAAACUUGUAAUUUAGACCUUUGUCCAGGUGACACAUGGGCACAGAAAGAUAAGCUAAAAAAAUCUGUUCACACAUUUACAAGAAUUUUUUUUUCACAAUAUAUAUAGAUGAAAUGCUGGGCUCUGUAAUGGACUAGCAGGUCCUACUUGCACGAUGGAUGUACUAUAAGCACAGUGUGAUGAACACAUUACUGUAGAAACAAUAUAUAUAUGUACCCUAUGGAGUAUGGGUUGUUAUUAAUGAUCUACGCUACCGACAGACCCUACAGACUUUUCCUCGUUAUUAAAUCUGCUGCUCCAGAUGUACUCUGAAUAAAUGAGAAUUGACCAUCAUUGUCUGUCCUGUGUAACACGCCGUAUUGUUAUUAGUAAUCUGGUAUUAUCAGUUUAAAACAUGCACAGCCUUUCCAGGCAAGUUUAACAGAAAAGCCAUGCCGGUAAGUACGUAUAAAGCCAUGCCGGUAAGUAGGUAUAAAGCCAUGCCAGUAAGUACUUAUAGUACCAUGCCGGUAAGUAGGUAUAAAGCCAUGCCGGUAAGUACCUAUAACGUUUUAGAAAAAUACCCAGAAAAACGCAUUAAUUUACAAAUACCCAUUAAUGGAAUACCGUGUACCUCACAGAUAUUGAUGAAUGCUUAGUGGGAAACGGAAGCUGCGACCAGCUAUGUGUGAACCAGGCCGGCAGCUACGAGUGCCAGUGCCGCCCUGGCUACAUACUGCAGGAUGAUGGCAGAAACUGUACAGGUAAGAUGGGCAUGGGAUGUUUAAUUGUUAUUACAAUGUGUUAAUUCUAAUGUUUAAUUCAUUGCACACUGCUUGGAAUUCCUUGAUAUCGGUGAUAAUUGGAGAUACUCCAGUCUGUAAAAUUCCAUAAAUGCAAUCCGUCACACUCAUGAUCUGUUACAAAACUCUUCUUUGUACCAGCCAGUUGGGUGGAGACAGUGACAGUUGUCUUUUGAUGAAGUAAUUCUAUGUAUUGUAACAGGACACAAUAAAGUCAUAAAGUCAUGUCAGGACUCACAGAUGACAGCAACCAACUGUUUGUGGUCCUGGUGGAUUUGUACUGCGUCUUUCUCAUAGCUCAUUGUAGUCAGGGACUGAAAUACACUUUAUAAGAAUAAGGCCAAGCCCAACAAAACAGACCCUAUGUCUUCCAAUAAAAUGUAUACUUUAUUAUCAGCAGCUGUUUUCCCAGAUUUGCAUUAUCCCCAAAGGACAAUACGAGCACUCCAGCUUGCUUUAUGUGUCUGGAGUCUGCCAUGCUUGUGACCGUUUAUAAAAGUGACACUUUUGUAAUUGGGGAUAGAAACACCUUCCUGGCUGUCAAUCAGACAACCGCGGUCAAUCAGACAAUUACCGACAGUCAGACAAUCGCAGUCAAUCAGACAAUAGCAGUCAGUCAGACAAUAGUGGUCAGUCAGACAAUAGCGGUCAGUCAGACAAUAACGGUCAAUCAGACAAUAGCGGCCAAUCAGACAAUCGUGGCCAAUCAGACAAUAGUGGCCAAUCAGACAAUCGUGGUCAGACAAUCGUGGUCAAUCAGAAUGCCAGUGAGCUUUUCCUCCCCUUCGGUUAGCUCCACUGAGCCGAUCGAAGCAGCAGGAGUGCUUGGUUAGAAUGUGCCUUCCUUUCCCCCUUCUCAAUGAGCUUAAUUACAGCACUGAGAAACGUAGGAAGCCACCAUCGCAUACAUGUGUGCGUCACUUUCCAUUUCAGCGCAGAGGAACUCAGUGAGAGACCUCUGAUUGGUGUAUUCCCAGCACACACGGAAAGUCAGUGCUUGGGAGAGAGGGGAAGACUUGCAAAGGCUGCAGACAAGAGAUCUGCAGCUUUUACAAACUGUUAAAAUGGACUUUGUGUCCAUAUCUACUUUGUGCUUGUAAUUGGGAAUGGUGUGCCCCAGUGACAUUGCACCUCAGUAUACAGGUCAGGGCGCAGACAUCCUCACUCAAAGAACUGUUACAAAACUCCAUCUGCCUGCCGGUCUGCCUCGUAUAUUGGGUAAAGUAAAAAAAACCUGUCCUAAUUAAUCCGAGCAUCGCCUUGUUGUGUCUGGAUCGGUGUGUUUUAUACCAGCUGCCUUGUGAUAUUUACUAAGCUGAUUUCACUAACAUUGACAGAUGCUGACGAGUGUCAGACAAACAAUGGGAACUGCAUGCAGAUCUGCAGAAACACGUUUGGAUCAUUCGAAUGUCUUUGUCGGAAGGGAUUCCAGCUCCACGUGGACCUCAGGGGAUGUGUUGGUGAGAAUGAGCGAUUGGUGGAUUUAAAUAUCACAACAGCCAGCCUUAAAUCUAAUGCAAAAUGGGAACAGUCAUAUUUCUGUAAAUAAGCAAUUCUCAGCCAAUGCUAUACUGUGGGUUGGUAUGACUGGCAAAAGUAAAAAAAUAAAUAAAAGGAUCACUAAAAAACACAUAAGCUCGAGACGUGUGAUCUGCAAUGGUAAUGUGUGCAUUUACAAAUCUCACCACUGGGUGCCCCCAAGCUCUAAAAAUACACUUUCAGAAAGUUACCAUAUUACAGAAAUGCUGGAAGGUGGGAAUUUGGGAAUAAAAACGAGGAUUAUUCACUGAACUCUGGAUUGUAGCAAAGCUGAAACCCAGAUACAAAAUGUAGGUUAAAAUAUCCAACCUGCAACUAUAUCUCUCUUAACAAGCUAUUUUUAAUUAGCUGCUAAUUAACCCCUCGCUGCUUUACUUUCUGAAUACUGUACCUCAGUCCUUCAGCGAAUCUCAAAGGGGUUUAUUCACUAAACUGCGCAUUGUAGUGACUUUAAAAAGAAACUGCAAAUUACGGACAAAGAGAGUAAUCUGGCAAGUUCUCAAUCUGCUGCCGUUAGAGAAAUGUGCAAUCGAGGUUUCAGAUCAGCACAAUUCAGUGUUUAGUGGAUAAUUCCCACGUUUAUUGUGAUCCUUUUAUUUCUUAUUAAAUAUCAUCUCAUUUUGUCCUACUGGCUGUCAGACCGUCUCAGGAAUACUUUGUGUCGUUUUCCAGAUAUCGACGAGUGUAAAAUUGGGAAUGGAGGCUGCUCUCACACAUGUAAUAACACAGAUGGCAGCUUCCUGUGUCUGUGCCCCGUUCACCAGGCUCUCGCCCCGGACCGUAGAACCUGCAUUAGUGAGUGAAGGACAGAAUAUGGAUAUCACUUAAUCUGGAUCAAUCUGUCUGUCUGUCCAUCCUUCCACUGGUUACCAAAGGCUUAUGGGAGUAAACGUUCACAGAUGGAGUUUAGCAGUGGGGGAUGUAUUCGGAUCUUGUGCUGAAUGGAGAAUAUGUUUGGGAAAUAACUUCCAGAUAAUGUUAUUCCUGAAUUCACCAGAUAAUGAUAAUGAUGAUGACGAUGAUGAGAAAUAGAUAGAAAAAGAAGCAUGCAGGCUCCCCUGAGGGGGUAUAUGCUAAACCCUUUCCUUCCAAAACCCAUAGACUGCUGACUUCCCCCAAAGAACUUCCUACCCAAUCCCCCCAAAAGUUACCAUCUUCACUGCCACCUCCAUCCCAGAGAACAUCUUCCUUGUAACGUCAAAAUAUAUCACCUUUACUUCCACCUCCCCUCCCAGAAAACAUUCAAACUGAACCCCAAAAUCUACCACCAUCAUUGCCACGUCUUCUUCCAGCUGCAGAACAUCUUCCUACUGAACCCCCAAAUCUACCAGUUUCACUGCCACCUCCCCUCCCAGAGAACAUGUUCCUACUGAACCCCAAAAUCUACCACCUUCACUGCCACCUCCCCUCCCAGAGAACAUCUUCAUACUGAACCCCAAAAUCUACCACCUUCAUUUCCACCUCCCCUCCCAGAGAACAUCUUCCUACUGAACCCCAAAAUCUACUACCUUCACUUCCACCUUCCCUCCCUGAGAACAUCUUCAUACUGAACCCCAAAAUCUACCACCUUCACUUCCACCUCCCCUCCUACAGAAGAUCUCUAUAUAAUGAACCCCAAAAUCUAUCACCUUCACUUCCACCUUCCCUCCUAGAGAACAUCUUCAUAAUGAACCCCAAAAUCUAACACCUUCCCUUCCACCUCCCCUCCCAGAGAACAUGUUCCUACUGAACCCCAAAAUCUACCACCUUCACUGCCACCUCCCCUCCCAGAGAACAUCUUCAUAAUGAACCCCCAAAUCUGCCACCUUCACUUCCACCUCCCCUCCCAGAGAACAUCUUCAUACUGAACCCCAAUAUCUACCACCUUCACUGCCACUUCCCAACAGUGACUGCACAAAUCUAAACAAGUCAACAACUCUUUUAUAAAUAGAGAUAUUUUACUAUUUUAUGUAUUUCUGAACAGUCUAUCUCAAAUAGAAUCUAUGUAUAUAAUACAUAAAACAGCUUCAUUUUCAGGACAAUCUCUGAAAAGUAAUUGUUUUAUUGAAAAGGUCUUGGUAAUUUAGGGGCUUAAUGGGAACUUUAAUAUUCUGUUUACGUAUCAAUAUAUUUAACAAAUAUUUUUUUGUGAAGAGUUAAAAAUAAGUAAGUGGGUGCCUCCAUCUCUGGCUAAUGGGGAGUUAUUAACUGGUUAUGGGUGAUGUUUAAUGUUUUACUCAAUGACAGUUAUAUUUAUUUGGAAUAUUUGGGGUGUCACAAUACAUGUUUCUCCUCUGGACUCUAUGUUAUUGAUGUGGCUCUGUAACCCAGAGAUCUCGCUUUCUCCGUCCCCAAUAAACAUGGCAGCCUUUCGUUGGCAGACAUCACGUCGUGUGCCCUGCAGAACGGCGGCUGUGAGCAUGUCUGCAGUAAGAGGCCGGAGGGCAGCAUUGAAUGUCAGUGCCACCCGGGCUGGGUCCUCAGCAGGAAUGGAAAGACGUGUGAUGGUGAGAUUCCAGUUUUUCACCAAUUUACCAUUUGUUACUUUUUAUUAAGAGCUGCACGAACAGCGAUAUCAACCUCUAGGGGGCAGUCAGCGACAAAGGCCUAACUUUAAUAUUGUUGGCUAAAUGUUUCAAAUAAUUUUUUAUAUUUUUUAAUAAACUUAUACAAAAAUAUUAAAUCAAGGCCAAAGUGUGAAUAUCUGUUUGUUAUGAUAGACACUGAGAAGCCAGAGUAUAUUUUUGGGGUAUAGUAGGAGUUUCUUAGUGUUCUCUCUGGAGCCUGGGGUUCGCACAUUACUCUGACAUUGACCGGUGGUUGUUAUGGUCCGAUAGAUAGGAGAUUUCAUUUUCCCUGUAUUGCGCUGGGGACGAACGGCUCCUUUCCACUGUAUUUGGUAAACGUUACCAAGAAGUCAUUACACGGCUAAAUGGCCGCUCUAGCUUCGGAACUGAAGCUCCCACCAUUAGUGACUUGGAAGUACCGGCUAAUCCUAUAGAGUAUAAGAGGAUUUACAGUCAUGUCACUAAGUAUUACCGGCUGCUGCUAUCUCUAUGUAGCCUACCCCGGCAUUGCUUGGCACUGCCCUCUGACUGACUCUUUCCAUGUCACUAAGUAUUACCGGCUGCUGCUAUCUCUAUGUAGCCUACCCUGGCAUUGCUUGGCACUGCCCACUGACUGACUUUCCAUGUCACUAAGUAUUACCGGCUGCUGCUAUCUCUAUGUAGCCUACCCUGGCAUUGCUUGGCACUGCCCACUGACUGACUCUUUCCAUGUUACUAAGUAUUACCGGCUGCUGCUAUCUCUAUGUAGCCUACCCUGGCAUUGCUUGGCACUGCCCACUGACUGACUCUUUCCAUGUUACUAAGUAUUACCGGCUGCUGCUAUCUCUAUGUAGCCUACCCUGGCAUUGCUUGGCACUGCCCACUGACUGACUUUCCAUGUCACUAAGUAUUACCGGCUGCUGCUAUCUCUAUGUAGCCUACCCUGGCAUUGCUUGGCACUGCCCACUGACUGACUCUUUCCAUGUUACUAAGUAUUACCGGCUGCUGCUAUCUCUAUGUAGCCUACCCUGGCAUUGCUUGGCACUGCCCACUGACUGACUCUUUCCAUGUUACUAAGUAUUACCGGCUGCUGCUAUCUCUAUGUAGCCUACCCCGACAUUACUUGGCACUGCCCAUUGACUGACUCUUUCCAUGUCACUAAGUAUUACCGGCUCCUGCUAUCUCUAUGUAGCCUACCCUGGCAUUGCUUGGCACUGCCCACUGACUGACUCUUUCCAUGUCACUAAGUAUUACCGGCUCCUGCUAUCUCUAUGUAGCCUACCCCGGCAUUGCUUGGCACUGCCCACUGACUGACUUUCCAUGUCACUAAGUAUUACCGGCUGCUGCUAUCUCUAUGUAGCCUACCCGGCAUUACUUGGCACUGCCCAUUGACUGACUCUUUCCAUGUCACUAAGUAUUACCGGCUGCUGCUAUCUCUAUGUAGCCUACCCUGGCAUUGCUUGGCACUGCCCACUGACUGACUCUUUCCAUUUCACUAAGUAUUACCGGCCGCUGCUAUCUCUAUGUAGCCUACCCCGGCAUUGCUUGGCACUGCCCACUGACUGACUCUUUCCAUGUCACUAAGUAUUACUGGCUGCUGCUAUCUGACUGACUCUUCUCAUUCGCCAGAUCUCGAUGAAUGUGCUGACUUCACCCGCGGGGGCUGUGAACAGGAGUGCCAGAACCUCCCAGGAACAUAUAACUGCAGCUGCUCUAAGGGAUUCACUCUGCGGCCCGAUGACCCAACUAAAUGCAAGCGUAAGAUGGCGGCCGCAAUUAGCCACACAGCAACAUGUAACCUGGGAACCAAAUCAGGAGAGUCCUCAAUAUGA